ACGGAUCACUCUUGUCCAUUGUCCACCACCAUGUCUUCACGAGGCGACUACCGGCGGCGCGACGACCGCGGAGACCGCGACAGGGACAGGGACAGAUACUCUCGUGGAGGGGGAGGGGGACAUACGCGGAGGCGCUCUAGCAGGUCUAGAAGUCCAAGACGCGACGAUAGGGACAGGGAUCGUAGAGACCGUCGGGACUACGAACGAAAGUACGAUGAGCCACCGCACCGCGAACGGGACCGUGGUACGGGACGAGAUGCGGACAGACGCUACGAUCGACGCGACAGAGACGACCGCCGCGACGACUAUCGCCCCCUUCCGCCCCGUCGUCCGGAGGACAGGGAUGAUAGGCGUGGUCGGUAUACUGACGAGGCCCCUCCGCGCGGUGCAGGGAGUGUCUCUGGUCGAUCAGACCACGAGGCCCCGACGCAUCACGCCGACGGGAGACCGAACCUUGACCCGGAUGCUCCUGAUGGCCCCAAGGACGAGCCCAUGGAGGAGAUGGACGAGGAGGCUGCUAUGAUGCAAAUGAUGGGCUUGUCUGGCUUUGGGUCUACGAAGAACAAGCACGUCGAAGGUAACCAGGAGGGUGCUGUUGACAUCAAGAAGAUGCGGACGUGGCGCCAGUACAUGAACCGGAGAGGAGGAUUCAACAGGCCACUUGACAAGAUCAAGUAGGGCCACGCCGGGCCUCUUGAUUGCUGCGAGAAGAUGAGUAGCCGUAUCUGUAUCUAUUGUCAUGCCCUUUGUCAUCCAUCUAUCGUGCAGACUCUUUGAGGACUUCGCAAUUCGCGUUAGUGGGCACCACGCUUGCUUUCCGGGUGCGUAUCGCCUUUUCUACCCAUGUUCU